AUACUGGUUUUGCGAAUUUCCUGGUAGCUUCCAACUCCAUCUCUCUCCCAUUAACAUACAAAUCUUUAGAUGUAAACAAGUGCUUUGUUGUGUUGGGUGAGUCACAUGUGUAAGAGAGUAUGUGAGAGAGAAAGUAUCGGAGUAAUUUAAGGGUUAAAUGAAUGAGAACCGACCCGCCUUCCCUUCUUUCUCUCGCUAUUGACUCUGCCCUUCUUCAUAUCUCUUCCUAUUCUGAUCUCUCUUUCUUACCUGAACACAUUCUUGAAGACCUUUUUCUGAGGACCUUGAGAGCUGGGAAGCUAAAUGAGAAGAUUCUGAAGCUGUUUAUUGCAACUGGAAAAGAAGAAAUCCUUUCACUAAUUGGCGCAUUUAACAUCCAAUGUGUUCUUACUCCUGUGCUUCCUACUAGAUGCUCUGAGAAAUUCUGAUAUUGUUCGGUAGCAAGCAAUUGUUAUUAUUGCAAAAGGCUCUCUCCAUUCUCAAGGCAACAAAUCCUGUUCUUGCUUUUGCUUUUCUAGCCUUGAAAAAUGUUUCAAGUUAGCGUCAGAGAUGAUGAGGUAGAUAUUGUGAUAGCUGCAAUUGAACCAGAUCUUACUUCAUUUCUGGAAGAAUGGAGAGCAGUAUUCUCCCGAUUUCACCUGAUAAUUAUCAAAGAUCCUGACAUCAAAGGAGAACUUAAAAUUCCAGGUGGAUUUAAUUAUGAUACCUAUACAAAAGCUGAUAUUCAACAAAUUAUUGGACCUUCAAAUGCUGCAAC